CACUGCGAAAGUCGACUGAUCGACUUGAGUUUGUGUGUUAGCACAGGGACUUUAGCAAACCAUAUGGUUUUCGCUAGUUUUUGUUUUGCUCGUUUUUUUCCCUACUAUACUUGGUCGUUUCCUUGUGUUUUUCUCGCACAUUUGGAUGUAAGUGAUUGUGGAAAGAAAAUGAUAUAACUCGGGUGCCUAGAGCCGUACAUAGCAUUACUAGUCAUAAUGAACGAAAUGAAGCAGAAAGAGCGCAAAUCAAUUAUCAUUGGAUGAUUUGUGCACAUUUGCAUAUUCAAAAAUAUGUAAAAAGCGGUCAUUAGGGUCUCUUGCUAUCGCUCCCCCACUCUCUCUUCGUAUUGAAAUUGAUUCGAAAUCAUAUUGAAAUAAACUGAUAGCAUUACCAGUUUAUUUAUAAAUAUACGCUGCUGAACUGAGAAUGAGUUUGUGGUUUAUAUCAAUGUGGAUUAACGAAUAUAUUAUUGGUUGUUGCUGUUGAUAAUAAAUAGGCGAUUAUGAUGAGGUCGACGAGGAAGAAAAACAAUGACAAUAUAAUACAUUUCAGACUCUCACAUUGGCAGUAACAUUGCAACCAGCCUGUGUGGUUGUGUGUGUGUCAAGAUCUAUUUAUGAAAAUGAAGAGAGAGGAAAAAAAACGCACACAUGAACACACUUCAGCCGUUUUUUUUGUUCGAGAAUCGAAUAACCGGAAUCGUCGUGGAAGGUGACGAGAGCCUGUGUCAACCAUCUCCUGCCGCAAUAACACCAUAUCAGCGACUUACCAACGCACUACAAACCGAUCCAAGAUGUGCGACAGAGGUUGCUUUGGGCAGGAGAAUAGGUUUAUACCGAUUUUGUGGAGACAUCGGCAGAGGAAAUUUUUCUCGUGUGAAAUUAGCGGUUCAUCAACUGACAAGAGAUAAAGUGGCGAUCAAAGUUGUUGACAGAGGACGAUUGGACACAAGAGCCUUGCGAAUGCUAUCACGCGAAGUUGCUACCUUAGAAUGUGUGCAUCAUCCGAAUAUCUUAAGGUUAUUUGAAGUAGUUGAGACUCUUGGUCGAGUUCAUUUGGUGACAGAGUGGAUUCAAGGUGGUGAAUUAUACAAUCGAAUUAACCAAGAUGGCCCGUUGAAGGAAGUUCAUGCCGCAUUACUGUUUAAGCAAUUGCUGCUGGGCGUUCAGCACAUGCACAAUUUGGGAUUUGUACAUCGUGAUAUCAAGGCGGAGAAUGUUUUACUGGUUGCUGAGAACAAAGUUAAAUUGGCCGAUUUCGGCUUCAGUACACAGUUGAUAAACGGGGCACAGCAACAACUUGACACAUUUUGUGGGUCACCUCCUUAUGCCGCACCCGAACUGUUCAGUGAUGAUUCCUACUUUGGAGGACCGGUGGAUGUUUGGGCUUCGGGAGUUUUAUUAUAUUUUAUGGUGAUUGGAAAUAUGCCAUUCCGAGCACCAACCGUGCCGGCAUUGCGUACCGCCGUAUUGAGAGGCGAUUUUUCGUUACCUGCCACUUUGAGUUUGCCAUGUCUUAGAUUAAUUCAGCGUAUUUUAGUGCAUGUACCAUCAAGACGCCCGAAAAUCAGCGAAAUUUUAACCAGCCAAUGGAUAAACAACCAAUAUAUCACAUUAGAAAGCGCAAUAACCGGUUCAACCAAACAAACGGCAAAUAAUACCAAAAAAAUCCAUUGGUUCUCACGCAAACGUAUCAUUCACAAAAGCACCGAUCUUAGUCAAACCGAUGCUAAUCUAGUACAAUUGUAUUUUAACACCAAACGUGCGAACAGCGUUUUAGAAGAGAAUUUUCUACAUCCGAUUAAUAUAUUGCCGUCGUCAACGGAUGAAGCGUCAAAUGUCGCAGACGGUCAAACAAAAACGAGACGACGUUCGAUAUUCGGUCAUUCAUUGAAGAAGAAAAUCGGACCAAUGGAGGAGAAAAGCAAAAGUAACCUUUUUAAUAAUUGCACAAAUGGUAUUGAAGACAAAAUAUCGAUAUCACAUUCCGAUCAAAUACAAGCGUUGCGACGAACGGUCGAGUCAAGUUCGAAGCAUAAUAGCAUUACAUGUGGUCGCUCCGGUGGCGGUUGCGAUGACAUAAACGAUGACGAGGAGCAAGGUGAUUUUGUUAUGGCACCAACCAAUACAGACUGCCUGGACGGUUUGCAUCCGUUGGAAAUUGAAGCUCGUUCGAUUCUACAGAAGAUUGGCAUUACCAGCGAAAUGCUGUGUCAUUCGAUUGACAGCGGACCACGUAGCGAUAUAAUUGGAGCUUAUCGCAUCGUCAUUUAUCGCUUACAACGACGUAAAUUUCUAACAAAGCAACAGGAGCUACUACCAACACCGAUCGAACCGAUGCCAAUGACUCGGCAAAAAAGUGACAAAAUGUGUGCCAUACUUUAAUCAUUUUUUGCAGGUUUUGAAACGAUAACAAAUUACGUCUUCGUUAGUAGUCGUCGUAGUAAUAAUAUGUUCUAAUUUUAGUGAAGAAACUAAAACAACAAAAAUAACCAAUAAAAUAAUCUUGCGUUUCCUAUCUUCUUUUCUGUGACCAUUUUUAAGAGACCAUUUAUUUGAAAUUAGAGUUAGGGUUUAGUUUCAAGCCAUAGGCUCACUGAUGAGCCAUAUAAUCGACCUCAUGAUUGAGGUUCGACACAUUUGUAAAUUAAGUAAUGAUCUCAAGGCAUCAUGGAUUUCGGCCAAUGAAUUGAACAAAAAAAAAACACGAGCAAAUCGAACAAGAACAUCAAAAAUAUGUUUUUCAAUUUUUUUUCCUUUCUGGAUCUAAAACCAAAAUCUAAAUUUCGUACGAUUUUUAAAUAGCAAUGAAAUAACGUGAUUUGUAGAAUGCUUGGAACUAUCGAACUAUCGUAUCAAUCUUUCUACGGAAUAGCAGUCAAGUAACUAAAAAAAAAACUAUGUCGAUGUUGAACCAUAUAGGAUACCUAAGUCUUUUGGACGUCAGUGUGUGUAUUUGAGCGCAUUGUCUCAUCAGGCCAAGCACUUGAAUUUAUGUACUCAUAUUCAUGUUCGAGCUUAAAAAUUAACCAUUUGGAAGGGAAAAACAAUUCCUCUCAGCUCACAAUUCAUUUAUGUAGUGAAAAUCGAACGAAGAAAAGACAAACGUGCUUUUGAAGAUUCAUUUAUAAUCGUUUAUCUUCCACAGAAAUUCUAAACAAAAAUUAAAGUUUUUUUUUAAUUCAAAUUGGAAUUGGAUAUGUUCUUUGUACUGUGAAUUGAUUGUUGAUUUUAUUUUUGGAUAUGAUCGCGAGUGCGAUACAACAAUUAUAUAAAAUUUAUUAAAUAAAUGUACUAUUCCAUAUUUGUCAACGCCAAAUAAAGAAAAACAAAA